CGCCUACCAGCCUCGAACCAGCUAUGGACACAAAUCAUCACAUUGCGAUAAGUUACCGGUGGAGAGGCUGCGUCCAGAACUGUCGCUCGAUUUGGAACACAGGUGUGGACACCGACCAUGCACAUGUAUGUGCUGACCUGCGGAUGCGUUUUGGCGGACGCCCACGACGAUGUUGUGAGCGCAUUGACACCAGCUAACUGGCGAAACCAACUGUUCUGAAUGCCUAUCAAAGUACGCUGAUAUGUGCGUUGAGUAAUCGCUCACUGGAUAGAGUUGAAGCUCACUGGUCUCAUAUUCACCAGUCCUUACUAGCAAUAGCAAAAUCCUCAUGUGGUAAGUCUAAUCGCCAACAUGGACAUUGGGUCUCUUCGCAGUCUCUGGA